AUGUGCCACUUUCAGGUCUCCUCACACUGCUGGUGGGUUCCAUUUUGUCAUAGGGUGCUGGCAGAUUACGGGCCUCCCAUUGCUGCUGCCAGGCCCGUAAUCUGCCAUGGGCCCCUGUACCGCCUCCUCAUGCUGCUGCCAGGUCCAGAGUGUCUCAUGGGUCCCUGUACGGCCUCCCAUUGCUGCUGUCUCCAUCGCCACACUCUGCCAUGUGCCACUUUCAGGUCUCCUCACACUGCUGGUGGGUUCCAUUUUGUCAUAGGGUGCUGUAUGGCCUCCCAUUGCUGCUGCCUCCACUGCCACACUGUGGCUCCACACUCUGGUUUUGGCCCCGUGACUGCCCAAAUGAGUGAAGUGUGCGGUGAUUCUAAGAUCGACGGCACUCAUCUGCAUGUCAUACUG